AUGGGAGGCGACGACCUUUUGAACUCCCUCAUCUCCAUUUACCGUCCCUACCUGAGGUCGAAAAUAUAUUAUUUUAAUGUUUUUCUGCCCAUCCUUGACUUGACAGCUGUAAAUGCUUGGUUGCUUUACAAGAGGAACGUCAUGAAAAAACGUGGUCAGUACAGUGAAAGGCUACUUCCAUUGGCUGAGUUCAAGAUGGACCUGGCUGCAUCACUCUGCAAGGCUGGGAAGACGGCGCUGAAAAAGCAAGGAAGGCCUAGCAAUGAGUCAGUAGAACAAGCCUCUGAUCAGAAGAAAAAAAGGGGGCCAUCAGCUCCAACUCCAACUCAGGAUGUCAGGCUAGAUCAGGUUGGUCAUUGGGUUCUUUGGAGCAAGAAACGGCAGGGCUGCAAGCUUCCUGGCUGCACAGGAAUCUGCAUGAGCUACUAUGUUAAGUGUGGAGUGCAUCUCUGUUCCAAAAACAAGAGCAAUUGCUUUUUUUGUGCUGUUGUGAGCCUCGCCGACGAGGAUAUUGUAGCUGCAGUCGGAGGGACCCAGGCUGACAGCUCGAGUGGCAACGAAGAUCGUCCAGACGAGGGCGCGGCUACACGCUCGUACUCCGCCGCUGAAGUGGUGGCAGCGUUCAGCUUGAUUCGCCGCUGUUGCGGCGACAUGGAAGGAACUGGGCUUUUGCACCUGAACAGCCUCGAUAAGAUCGAGGCAGUUCUGCGAAAAGUGGUUUCCCCUGUGCACAUGAUGUUGCACAAAGGUCGGGUGACUCAUCGGCUUUUGUGA